AUGGCUGCAAGAGAAUGUAGUAUAGAAGUUUGUAAUCUCUUGAUGGUUGCUUGUAGAUAUGGAAUUUAUCUUCACGUGUUCAACUCCAAAUCUCCUAGACCUCGGUCAGCUCCGAUCCUACAGACAGCUCUGCCAAAGAACAAAACAGUGCAGGUUGGAGAUAAUGCAACAUUUACCUGUAUUGUUCUUGUUAGUGGAACUCUCCCGGAUUUCAGAUGGCUUAAAUGGAACAAAUCCGUCAAUUAUAUUCCGAAAACUUACAAUGAAAUUUUAAAUGGAUCAUAUCGCCUUAUAGACCCAUACUAUUACAAGACCGUUCAAGUAAAAAGUAAUUAUGGUGUCGAGUUGAAUAUUGCAAAUGUGACUGAGGACGAUUUUGGACUCUACACUUGCUUUGUGAGCAAUCAUAUCGGCAACGACUUCAGUAGUGCAUUCCUCAUCAAAAAUGUGAAACCCACGGUUCCUGUGACAGGUCAGUAUCUGUUAAAAACAAGGCGCAGCAAAUUUUUUCCCAUCCGAGCACCAGUAUUUACUGAUCCAAACUUGCGAAAGAGAUCAUUCAGGGCAUGGCCUGCAUCACACUCCACAAGACUGAAAUGUCAAGCCAUUGGUGCACUACCGCUCAAAUACAAAUGGCUAAAGGAUGGAAAGGACUUUAAAAAAUAUAUUAUGGAUGCAACUGUUAAUACUUCACUUUGGUACCUGAAACUGCGAGAUCUUAUACCCGCUGAUUCUGGGAGAUACACUUGUAUAGUGUCCAAUUCAUAUGGAUCAAUAAAUCACACCUUUACACUUCAAGUUGUUG